CGCUGUUAUGUGAAUCACUAGUUGGUAUACUAUGUACUUGACGUUGUUAUGUGAAUCACAAGUUGGUAUACUGUGUACCUGUUAUGUGAAUCACAAGUUGGUAUACUGUGUACUUGACGUUGUUAUGUGAAUCACUAGUUGGUAUACUGUGUACUUGUUAUGUGAAUCACUAGUUGGUAUACUAUGUACUUGACGUUGUUAUGUGAAUCACUAGUUGGUAUACUAUGUACUUGACGUUGUUAUGUGAAUCACUAGUUGGUAUACUAUGUACCUGUUAUGUGAAUCACUAGUUGGUAUACUAUGUACUUGUUAUGUGAAUCACUAGUUGGUAUACUAUGUACUUGUUAUGUGAAUCACUAGUUGGUAUACUGUGUACUUGUUAUGUGAAUCACUAGUUGGUAUACUAUGUACUUGACGUUGUUAUGUGAAUCACUAGUUGGUAUACUGUGUACUUAUUAAAACAGUCAAUGUGAAAGGAUUGUACAAAGACACAGAAGGGAUAACACCUUUAGACAUCUAAGUAUGAAUUUAGUGAUACAGUGUACAAUGAUUAAUGAAUAAAACUACAUGGUACAGCUGGGUUUUUUGUAGGACAAAUAAAAUCUUGCCCUAACCUGAGGGUAUGAUGGAGAAGUUUCCAUCCUGAGUAGUGAUAUUGCUUAACCCGAAGGUUAGAUAAUCAAAACUAACCUAAGGUUUGGAGAUUUCUGUCAAAUUCUCAGGUAUGGUGAUGUUUAUUGUUCUCCCAUUAAGUAUGAUACAUCCUACUGGGAGGUACGAUACAUCCUACUGGGAGGUACGAUACAUCAUACUGGGAGGUACGAUACAUCCUACUGGGAGGUACCAUACAUCCUACUGGGAGGUACGAUACAUCCUACUGGGAGGUACCAUACAUCAUACUGUCAAGUACGAUACAUCCUACUGGGAGGUACCAUACAUCCUACUGGGAGGUACGAUACAUCCUACUGGGAGGUACGAUACAUCGUACUGGGAGGUACGAUACAUCCUACUUGGAGGUACGAUACAUCCUACUGGGAGGUACCAUACAUCCUACUGGGAGGUACGAUACAUCAUACUGGGAGGUACCAUACAUCAUACUGUCAAGUACGAUACAUCCUACUGGGAGGUACGAUACAUCCUACUGGGAGGUACCAUACAUCCUACUGGGAGGUACGAUACAUCCUACUGGGAGGUACCAUACAUCCUACUGGGAGGUACGAUACAUCCUACUGGGAGGUACGAUACAUCCUACUGGGAGGUACGAUACAUCCUAAUGGGAGAUACGAUACAUCCUACUGGGAGAUACGAUACAUCCUACUGGGAGGUACCAUACAUCCUACUGGGAGGUACGAUACAUCCUACUGGGAGGUAUGGAUACAUCCUACUGGGAGGUACGAUACAUCAUACUGGGAGGUACGAUACAUCCUACUGGGAGGUACCAUACAUCCUACUGGGAGGUACCAUACAUCCUACUGGGAGGUGUGGAUACAUCCUACUGGGAGGUACGAUACAUCCUACUGGGAGGUACCAUACAUCAUACUGUCAAGUACGAUACAUCCUACUGGGAGGUACGAUACAUCCUACUGGGAGAUACGAUACAUCCUACUGGGAGGUACGAUACAUCAUACUAGGAAGUACGAUACAUCCUACUGGGAGGUACGGUACAUCCUACUGUCAGGUACGAUACAUCCUACUGGGAGGUAUGAUAAGAUAUGGCAGGACAGAUGAACAAAUCCCAUCAUCUGAUCAGCUUUGUAAUACAUGUAUUUGGAUAAAUUCAAGAGAAAAUAAAAUAUUUUUGUUUAUUCUGAACUGAUGCUGUUAUUCAUGAAAAUUUAAAUGUGACAUGCAAAAUCACACUUUAUCUGUUUAUUACGGCCCCCAAAAAUCAUACUUUGUCAGUUUAUUUCUGCCCCCAAAACUCAUGCUUUAUCAGUUUAUUUCUGCCCCCAAAAAUCAUACUUUUUAACUUCAUUUAGCUUUCCUCCACUUGUUAUUUGUAUGUUCUGGUCGGCAGUAUCUCCUAACAAAAUCAGAACAGUCACAUCAGCUUUAUUUUCUUUUUAUUCCUUUUUUAAAUCCAUCUACCAUAUUUUUUAUGCUUGUGUAUUAUUUUGUUAUCUUUAAUAUUCAGAAUGGAUUUAUUUUAUUUCUUGUUCAAUAAAAUUACUAUCCUACCAGGAGACAAGCUUAUAGCUUCAUGUGUACUCUCGCUCUAUGUAUAAAAUAUGAUUCACAAUCGGAUUUUCAUUUGUCCAUUUUGCAAUAAAUGGAAAUUAUAUUUUAGACAUACUCAGAAGUUAUUUAAUCUGCAACAAGCAAUCAUCAAUCUAUAAUUACUCUAUUACUUUCAGUACUGUAGGUUAGGUAAAUUUGUAUUCACCAUGUAACUGACAGUACUGUGUGUUAGGUAAAUCUGUAUUCACCCUGUAACUGUCAGUACUGUGUGUUAGGUAAAUCUGUAUUCACCCUGUAACUGUCAGUACUGUGUGUUAGGUAAAUCUGUAUUCACCAUUAACUGUCAGUACUGUGUGUUAGGUAAAUCUGUAUUCACCCUGUAACUGCCAGUACUGUGGCCUAGGUAAAUCUGUAUUCACCAUUAACUGUCAGUACUGUGUGUUAGGUAAAUCUGUAUUCUGUGUGUUAGGUAAAUCUGUAUUCACCCUGUAACUGCCAGUACUGUGGCCUAGGUAAAUCUGUAUUCACUAUUAACAGUCAGUACUGUGUGUUAGGUAAAUCUGUAUUCACCUUGUAACUGCCAGUACUGUGGCCUAGGUAAAUCUGUAUUCACCAUUAACUGUCAGUACUGUGUGUUAGGUAAAUCUGUAUUCACCAUUAACUGUCAGUACUGUGUGUUAGAUAAAUCUGUAUUCACCAUUAACUGUCAGUACUGUGUGUUAGGUAAAUCUGUAUUCACCCUGUAACUGCCAGUACUGUGGCCUAGGUAAAUCUGUAUUCACCAUUAACUGUCAGUACUGUGUGUUAGGUAAAUCUGUAUUCACCAUUAACUGUCAGUACUGUGGGUUAGGUAAAUGUGUAUUCACCAUUAACUGUCAGUACUGUGUGUUAGAUAAAUCUGUAUUCACCAUUAACUGUCGGUACUGUGUGUUAGGUAAAUCUGUAUUCACCCUGUAACUGUCAGUACUGUGGGUUAGGUAAAUCUGUAUUCACCAUUAACUAUCAGUACUUUGGCCUAGGUAAAUCUGCAUCUCUGUCACUGCUAUAGUGUGUAUUGUGUCUUUUUUAACUUUUAGAUUGUCCAUGGGCCAAUGUAUAGGCCACAUCGGUGCAUUGUACUGUACUUACAAUGGAAUAUAAAGUUAUAUACUUUUCUUUCUUUUUUUGUAAAUCAUAUGUAUAUCCUUGUUAUUAUUGCACAUUUUAACCGUGUUAAUUUCAGAUACAUAUAUCUUCAUUUAUAUUGAGAAAGAAAUGUUAGAUAUUUCCACUUUAUCAAAUGAAUUUCUGCUUAUGAAAUAUUUAGAAAUUCUCAUAUAUUUACUGUAUAUAUUAAUGAUGGGUUGAGCAUACUUCAAUUAUAAAGUUUUUGAAUGAGUGUCUUGAAAGUUGAAUGUGAUGACAUGUGUUGAGACUUAUGUCUGUAAAUACAAGCUGGAUACUGA